GUGUGUGUGUGUCUGAUUCAAGCUCUGUCCUGUUACAGACUGUACUGCUUCUAGGGCGACAGUUCGUUUGUCACAGACACAAAUUGUGCUGCUAUGAUUCCACAACAAUCCACCGGUUACCUGUGUGCUCUGUUACUAUUUCUGUGUCUGUCCUACACAGUAUCUGGUGAAGACGCUUGUCCCUGUGUGACUGGCUCCAACUGCCCCGAGAACUGUACAUUAGUGAAUAUAGCCCCACAAGCAAGGAGUACCUUUACAUCUGGGGACAAUUAUAACUACACCAUCACCGGUCAGGCAGCCUGGGUUACUGAUGGUGUGACGUCAGGGCCGUGUGCAUCAGUCUCGUCCCUAUUUCCGGCAUGGAAGGCUGAGUUUGGACAGAACAGGACAGUCAACAGGAUCAAGAUAUUCUGGGAAGGUCCACAGAAGGAUGUUAGUGUGAUGGUAGGUGGCAGAAUAUGUCACACUGCGGACAGCUUCUACACAUGGAUUGCAGAGUACACCCUGAUCUGUUAUGUACCACUGACGGGGGACAACCUCCUGAUGUAUCGCCAACCUACAGGACAAUCCCUGUAUUUGAGUCUCUGUGAAGUGGAAAUAUACGGUAAAUCUUUAUAGACUCAUGUUACGUGAUGAUUCUCAAAAUGAAACACUUCGGU